AAGUGCUCGAAUAUGAGUUCUCGAAAAAAACUCCUCUGCGACUUGCAAACCCUUUGUGAGCUGGAGAUUGUUGAAAAAGCGCUCGAUGAGUCUUCGAGCAGCAGUAGCGACGACUCAUCUGAGAGUUCCAGUGAAUCGUCGGAGAGUGAAACCGAUGAGAUUCUUGAAUUCACUGCCUUUUUAUCCAGUAAACGAUUUCUUAUGGACCGAACCGUUGUACCGAAGAGGCAUGACUGGAUGGAAAAACUGGGAGUCGCCAGUGAUACUACGUACCGAGCUGAAGUCCGGGUUACACGAGAAGGAUUUAAAAGAAUUUACGAUCUUAUUUGCGGACACCGUGUUUUUCAAAACGAAUCAACAAAUAUCCAGCGGCCAGUAGAUUUUCAGUUGGCGAUUGCUUUAUAUCGAUUUGGCCAUUAUGGAAAUGGAGCUUCGUUUAAUCAUAUGUCUUUUAAUAUGGGACUGUCUUGUGGCGCCAUUGAGCUAUAUACCACGCAUGUCAUAACGGCUCUUUUAUCUCUGAUGCCACAGUUUGUCCAGUGGCCCGAUAGAAACGAAAAGCGAAAAAUCAAGCGAAGGUUUUUUCAGGAAUAUGGCUUCGAAAAUUGUGUGGGAUUAGUAGAUGGGACGCUGGUGGUUUUGGAUUCAUGUCCGUCAAUGAAGGGAGCAGACUAUUUUAGCCGUAAAAACUGCUACGGGCUGUCUGCCAUGGUGGUGUCGGAUGACAAAAAGCGGAUACUCCACGCAUUCACAGGAUUUCCAGGGAGCGCGCAUGAUUGUCGAGUGUACAAGCACUCAUCACUCGCGCAGCGACCAGAGAAGUUUUUUGAACCCGAAGAAUAUCUUCUCGCUGACAGUGGAUACCAGCCUGACGUUCACGUCGUCCCUGCCUACAAAGCUCCUGAGAGUAACUUCGAAGAAAACAGCCUGUUCAACUUUCUCCUAGCGCAAGCACGGGUCGGAAAUGAACACUGCAUUGGCAUACUCAAGGGGCGUUUUCAAAGCCUCCGGGGGCUGCGGGUGAUGAUAAAAACAGCAGAUGACCAUAAAAAAGCUGUUUUUUGGUUCCUGGCGUGCUGUGUGCUGCAUAAUAUUCUCCACGAUAUGGGCGACGCAUAUGAUGAAACAUGGACGGAGGACGAAAAUGUUGCUGAAACUGUAGUGCCAUCCCGACAAGAAACUUUUACGGAAAAUCGUGUGGGUCGCCAAAAACGCGAGAAGGUGAAGCGGCUGCUGCUAAUCAACAAAUCGUAGCCGUAUUUCAGCGUGAACUUUGCGGACAGUUUUACAGAUGAUAUAUGGAGAAUUUCAUCCGCCUGCGCCCCGUGCAUCCUGUUACAUUCAUUCAUACUAUGUGGAAAUUUGUUGGUUUGGUUCGGCGUCUGGCGUUAACUGGGAUUAUUUUCGGAUCGACUGUCCGCUCAAUUUUGCAGAUGAUUCAUGUCGUAUAUACUGCUGCAUCUAGUUUGCACUGAAACGCAGCAUCGGACGCACCCAAAUCCAGGCGACGCUCUUCCUGAUCGCCGUCAUCGGGUUUAUCGCGCUGAGUAUCUACCUGACGAUUCUGUAUUAUGACUCCUUGCCGCGUAUCCAGCGUUUUCGCUCACCGGGAUGGACGGAGUGCACCGUCCUUAUCGCUCUGCCUGAGGCCCAGAAUUCUCUGCCCGAUACGCGCUGGAUGAGGAUCCUCGAGAAGAUGGGAUUGUACUCGGCCUUCGUGACGGAUAAGCAUCCACCGCAGCUUACGAUGAGGUUAUUGCCAUCGUAGAGCUGACGGAGAAUCGAUUUUUGGACGAUGUCGAGUGCCAGUGUAUGUUUGGCGGGGAUAAAGGACUGUUGAAAGCGGAGAUUCGCGUCCAUAACGAAACCCGUCGCGAUAGGCAUGGGACACAGUACGGUGACGUGCGAUUUAUCUGUGAUUUUCCUCCCGACGAGAACACUACUUCCGUCGGCGUUCAGUGCCGUUCCCGCUCCGCCUGUGAUACUGUUGCUCUCCCCGUGCAUCCGCUACGCGACGAAUGGCCACGGAAUUUGUCCAUGGCCGUGUGUGGUCCGGUGUUGUAUGGCAAUGUCUCCGUCAGCCGGCUGAUCGAGUUUAUCGAGAAUUACCAGCUGAUCGGGAUCGAGAAGUUCAUUUUCUAUGUGGACAACCCGCAUUCGGACCUGCAGAAAACUCUGGACUAAUAUUAUGCGCUAGGGAAAGUUGGUUUUUUAACUGGAAAAUUUUUGGUAUCAAUUUAACGGAUUAUGAAGAAAUCUGGUAUUAUGGACAAACAGCCGCAGCCAACGACUGCACUGAGAGGACGGGAUAUUUGUGGGAUUACACGUUAGAAGGUGAAUAUUUGAGUUUCCGUUGGAGAAUUUAUUGAUGACUGUUUGUGCGUGUUUUACAUGCUUUCUUUACUUUCUUUGCAGAACUGUAUAAAUUUUUGAUUGUUGUUUGCGAUUGUUGUUACUUUUUGAUGGUAUAUCCAUUCCCUGAUGGCGGAAUGUGUCGACAGAGUAAUCUUAAUUUUUCUCCUUCUGUGAUGAAACUGUUUUUGUGCGGAUCUAGACUUACAAUGAACGCCC